AUUUUUUAUUUUUUUAUCUUAUCAAAUUCUCAUAAGCUGUCUUUCGGCAAGUUGAAUGGGAAUUUGAUGGAGGUAACAUGCGCUCUUCAGAAAUGGACGGUAGAAGAGUGACAGCCACAAAUCCAAGUCUGUGUACCAGAUGCACCAAAAUCUUUCUCUCACAUAUUGUUAAAACUUUAUCCAAGGUUUCCAUAAAUAGGGGUCAUGGAGUGUUCAAACAAUGAUGCAACUUCCACAGACCCUCCCUCCUCUUCUCUCUCUCUCUCUCGCCCUCUCUCUCUCUCUCUAAGGUAGUCGUAAAAGCAUCAAGAAACUAAGUGUUUCAUACGCGAUCGUUUGAUCAAUUAUCUUUCCUUUUUCUUUCUACAUCCAUCAAGUAUAUAUCUUUCCCCUUUACCGCUUGUUAUUUACCCUUAAGAAUGGAUUCAUCCAAACACUUGUUUGUAGAAGGAUCUGGCAGCAGUGAAUCUGGGUGGACACUGUAUCUUGUUUCUCCACCACGCGAAGACAAUGCUGAAUUAAGUGACGGUAACGGCCAUGCUAACAGCGAUCGUCAUAGUGAUGAUUUCAAUGACAAAGACGAUAGCGAUGAUUCGAUGGCCUCGGAUGCUUCUUCUGGGCCAUUUCAUGUUGAAAACACUUGCAAGAAUGGUGGCGAUGCCAGUGGCCUAGCUCGUUUCAAGCAUGGCAAGAAGUGUGAAUGCACUAGAAAGUGUUCUACAAGGGAGGGAGCAAACAAACAGGAGACAGAAAAUGAUGAAACCAGCAGGAAAGGAAAGAAAGAGGAAUCCUCUAUGAGCCCGAAUAAAAGUGCCGCUAGUUAAUUAAGGAACUGCAAUUUGAGUAGAUUGAUGGUAGUACUUGAACUGCUACUUGAAUUUUUGUUUCAAUCAUGUACUUAAUAAUAUGAUAUUAUAUAUAUAAUGUAAUGAUGAGAUAAAAACGGGACACAUAUGUUUGC